AUGCAGGCACAUUUUGCCGGCAUGUUCGUGGUCAAACUCAGCCGGAAGGGCUCCGACCCUCUUGGCGUGGAGUUCGACAAGAUGGAUCCCGAGAAUCUGAUGGUGGUGAAGCUGACGGGACCUGGCCUUUUCCACACCUACAACGAGACUGCCGACGACGAGAAGAUGGUUUGCCCUGGAGACAAGAUCAAACGGGUAAACGGUCAGGAGGCGCCGGCAGAAGAGUUGAUCGCCUUGCUUGAGAAAGACCGAAAGUUAACCAUCGUCCUGCAGCACUGCCAGGAGUCAGAGCACUACAUUGAAAAGAAAGGGAGGUCGCUCGGCUUGGAGCUGGCGGUCUCCGAAAAGGCUACAUGCUUGACCGUGCAGCGGAUCGAGGCCAAUGGGCUCGUCGCUGUGUCGAAUCAGGCUGGAAAAGACCGGCAGAUAAGAGUUCACGACAAGAUCAUUGCCGUUGACGGCGAGCGUGGAACGGCACCAGAGCUGAUGCGAAAAAUGAAGGAGCGAGAUGUUGUCAUCCUCAGCGUGUUUUCCUGGGACGCAUAG